AUGAAAAGGAGAAGAAUCGAACGAUGCAUCUUCCAAUUUUUAAGCAAGUUAAAAUUUUACCUAAACAUAUGGCGAAAAAUAAAAAAUGUAAUAAAGUACCUCUUUGGAACCCUUAUCCUGAGGGAAAAGUUACACUUUAGCACGUACAGGAAGAGGAGAGUCUGUCCAAGUAUGACUCUCGUGUUGGAUUUAGACGAAACACUCAUUUAUUGUACAAAAAAGAAAAAGUUCAGUCAUCAGAAGGAGGUGGAUGUGUUAAUCAAUGGGAGGUACUUCUCCUUAUAUGUGUGUAAGAGGCCAUACCUAGACCUCUUCUUCUCCAUUCUGAACCCAUUUUUCGAAAUAGUCAUUUUUACAACUUCGAUAAAGUCCUAUGCCGAUACAGUGCUGAACAUAAUAGAUGUGGAUCACUACAUAGAUAAGAAAUUUUACCGAGAGGACUGCUUCGAAGUGAAUCAGAAGAUCUAUAUAAAGAAUCUGCAGAGCAUAAAAAAGGAGAUAUCCAAAAUGGUCCUAAUUGAUGAUUCCAAUGUAUCUGGUCUGAAAUAUCCAGAGAAUUUUUUCCCCAUAAAGAAAUGGCAAGGGGAUUUAAAUGACACGGAGUUACUAGACAUGAUCCCUUUUUUUCUCAACUUGAGGAAAGUGAGAGACGUCCGAUCUGUGUGUUCUUUUAGAUUAAAAUCUCAGAAGGAGAUAACCAAAUUGUUUCAUACCGUUCCGUCGAAGCAGAUUAAGUACCUAACUGAUCGGGGUAGUAACUUUCUGUACUCUCCCUCUCUUGCCUUUCAAGCGAUCAAUUAUUUGAAAAUCUUUAUGAAUCGGUUCAGGUAUGCCAGCUCCAAAAAGCAGUGGAAUGAAUUGGGCAAGAAGAUUAACAGCAAAUUGAAGUCCUACCCCUUUUCCCUGUCCAAGCUCAAAGGCUCCAGUGACGACGAGCAUAGGAAGCGCCACCGGAAGCAAGCGGCCAAGAAGGGGCAGCAGUAG